UAAUGCGACCCCAUUGGCCUAUAAAAGAACUUUGUGAUACCAUGGUUCUCAUGAACGUAGCUGGAGUGACAACAAUGGUGAGCUUUACUAAGAGAGUUGUCUUGUUUUCUUUGCUUUGUUUUAAUGUGUUUGUGGUGAACGUGGUUGCUAGAGAUGUGGUGAAUGCGGAGAAGAAUGAGGAUGGGAAGUGUGGUGUUGGAGGCGGAGCUGGUGGUGGACUUGGAGGUGGGUUUGGUGCCGGAGGUGGGGGUGGUUUUGGUGGAGGUGGUGGUGCAGGAGGUGGUUUUGGAGGAGGUGCUGGUGGUGGUGGAGGGCUUGGAGGUGGAGUUGGAGCUGGUAGAGGGUUUGGUGGUGGCGUUGGAGCUGGUGGAGGGUUUGUGUGGGGCGGUGGGAUUGGUGUUGGAGUUGGAAAAGGAGGGAUUGGUGGGGGGAUUGGAAAAGGUGGUGGACAUGGUGGAGGAAUUGGCAAGGGUGGUGGACUUGGUGGAGGAAUUGGCAAGGGUGGUGGCCUUGGUGGAGGAAUUGGCAAGGGCGGUGGACUUGGGGGAGGAAUUGGCAAGGGUGGUGGACUUGGUGGAGGAAUUGGCAAGGGUGGUGAACAUGGUGGUGGAAUUGGAAUAGGUGUGGACAUGGAGGUGAGAUUGGAGUGGAUUGGAAAAGAAGGUGGGCUAAGAGGUGGAAUCGGAAAGGGUGGUGGCAUUGGAGGUGGGAUUAGGAAAGGUGGACUCAGUGGUGGUAUUAGAGGUGGUGCUAGAGGAGUAGGUGGCGCCGGUGGUGGUAGUGGAUUUGGUAGGGGUGCAGGAGGUGGAGGUGGAUCUGUGUGGUGGUAG